GCAGAAGUGAAUCAGUGAGUUUCGAGGUAGUAAACUCUCUAGAUGCUAGAAAAACUGAAAUCAUUUCUGUGAGCGUAAUCAGCGGUGUCAGGGCUGACUGUUACUGCAUCACUGACAUGUCGGGAAUUACGGAAACUUGGCUAAUAUUCAUGUUGUACACGAUGUUCACAUAGGUAUAGAGGAGAAAUGGAUGUUAUUGUAAGAAAAAGUGUCUUAUCCCACGAAAACUUGGAAUUAAAUGUGUUAUGCUGAUAAUACAGCUUUCAUUAAUUUUGUUAAAAAUAGAACGUGAUUUCGUGUUAGUUUCGGUUAUUUUGUAAUGCUUAAUUAUAUGAGUGUUUUGAUACUGAAAAUUGGAUAUAAAAUUUUGGUGACAUUAUCGUGUAGAAAAGUAUUGUAGUUGCAUCGGAUCUUCAGUUUAUGAUUUAUUUUGUAUGCACAUAAAAUGUCUACAGACCUAGAUAAUCAACCGUAUGACAAUGUGGAGUUUCCCAUACGGAGACCGGUACCGGGGACCCAGGGUGGCUGGAUCAGCCCAAACAUGACCCAAGCCCAGAGGGAGCACUUGAUCAUUGGGUCCACAACAAAGGAACGUACUCACACACUAGCCCCAGUUGCAGAAGGCGGGCUAGCUGAGGAGGAAGGAGAGGAGUCAGAGGUCAAGGUCGAAGAUCAAAGACAGAAGGUCGGCGUGACAACGUCAUACACGGGUGGAACCGCAGCGUCAUCACAAGUUAAUAACAUAAACAAUUCCAGCAAUGUUAUUACUACACCUCCAAGAUCAACAAAAAUGAAUCAUGUGGUCACGCCUGCAAAAGGCAACAAGCUGCAAAUCAGCUCUGACAAAUCCGCUAAUAAAUCAGACACUUUCUCGCGCCUUGUGUCAAAUAAACCACCCCCAUCUCCAUCACGUGACAGUCGGAUAUCAUUCGUUUCUGACCAGUCAAAUCCGCCAGAAGAAUUCACAUGGAGCGCCUUUACACCAAUGUCUCAAGAAGUGUUCGAAAAUGCCUAUAAAAGGCAUAACUACUUUUAUAAAUUCAGUGACAAAGUAUUAAAACAAGGUACCAAAAUGAAGACCAAUGUUUGGGACGUCUCCGGAAAACCAGGCGAAACAAUGACAUAUGAACAGUUGUUUCAAGGAGUACUAGCAGACGGAGAAAGACUUAUACUGGGCGGCAGCUGGUUGUAUUUCCGGGCUGUGGAGUUUUUCGAACCGGAAUGUACGAAACAGAUCAAACCACCGCUGGGAGAAGGCAGGAUCUGUCUUACCAAUCUCAGAAUGUUGCUGUUGUGUGCUGAGUCUGCUUCAGAUGCCAGCAUAGCAGAAUAUGGAAAUCCCGAGGCAGAGAAGGGCGGUGGUUACAAACUGUCCGUGUCAAAGCUUAACAAUGUCUUCUUCCAAAACAUUCCUAUCGACUGUUUCGAGAGUGUCGAGUUGAGCUCCACUGUAGGUGUCAUGGCCGAGAGUAAAUUGACUGAAAGAAAACCAGCCUGCUGUGGACUCUUCUCCUGUGUCGGGGUUGGACGUUGUGGAAACACUUGGGAUGCCUCUCCGCCAUUACCAAUCAAUGUUGUGAAGAGAGUUAUUCGCCUUGGUGUGUACCUACCACCUUGGCGGACACCCGCCAUAAUGCUGGUACAUCUGCACCCGAAAAUGUCACUAACAUCAGCACGUGAUUUCGUUACCAAAUUACAGAACCACGUGCCACAGAUGCAGUAUCACAACAAGCAAGGAGCUACCUUAUUGUAAGAUAAAAACAUGGCGCUUCCUUACUGUGAAAUAAAUUUUUUCAAACGAAUGCAUCUACACUGUAAUAUCUAUCUGAAAGCUACCGUCGGUAAUACCGGUACGAGUAAUAUGCUUUCUAAAUAUAUUGCACAGGAACAUACUACCUGGAAAUAUGAAAAUACAGACCAUGUUUAAAAAUGAAAUAACAUUUGCAGGAAAAGAUACAGGAGAAACGUAAAACACUUGACAUUAACCAGUGUCCGACUGUAUGUUUGUGAUGGACAUUUGAAUACAAUUAAACAUCUAAAGGAAUGGAUUUUACAGAGGUACAAGAAGAAACAUGCAGUGCGGCAUUUCAGUAAUGAUGGUAAUUUUUCAAAUAAUACGGCCCUUUACUGUUGUUUGAAAUUUAUGUGAACGGUUUGAAUAAAUGUCGUAAGCUUGCAGCCAAACUGAAAAAUCGAAACUAAAGUUCAUUCAUCUGUGAAAACAUAAUUCACAGAGGUAAUUAAAGUAUUUUCAUAUCAAUAGAAACAUUUUGUUUAAGGAUUGUGUGCUAUUUUAAAAGGUGUCUCUAUGGAAAUUAGUAAAUGCCUUAAAACUUUUAUAAAAGAGAACAUGGUAAUUCGUGUAUAUAUGUACGUAAACAAUUCGGUAUGCAGCUGAGCGCGCAAUAUUUGUAGUGUUUGGAUAAUAUUUAUUUAUCUUACAAUAAAGUUUUGAAAUAAUA